UCCACAUCCGCUCGGUGACUUCUUUUUAAAUCUGCGGCUCCAGACCGGAAGUGCUCGUUUGUUCCGCGAGGUGAAGAUCAGCAGCAGGAGAGAAACGUAAACAUCAAGAUGGCUCACAGGCUGCUAGUACGUAGAAUUUGGACGCUGUCCGCGAAAGAUACCCGCUGCCUCCCAACAUCCACUGCCUCCAUCGCGUCCUCUUCCUUCUCCACCUCCCUGCAGUCCGCCACAGCCCGGGUCCUCCUCCUCUCUCCGUCGCGCACCCUGCCUCGCUCCCUUCCUCACACCUUCAGCCGGACGGUCUCCUUCAAUGUCCAGGACCACGAGGACUUCACAGAGAGGGUCAUCAACAGCGAACUGCCCGUGCUCGUUGACUUCCACGCACAGUGGUGUGGUCCCUGUAAGAUCCUCGGGCCGAGGUUGGAGAAGGCUAUUGCGAAACAGAAAGGCCGCGUUGCCAUGGCCAAAGUGGACAUAGACGAUCACACAGACCUCGCUAUUGAAUAUGGGGUGUCUGCUGUCCCGACAGUCAUCGCCAUCCGGGGAGGGGACGUCGUCGACCAAUUUGUUGGGAUCAAAGAUGACAAUGAGCUGGACUCAUUUGUCAGCAAAGUCAUUGGACAGUGAAGCAUCUGUUCCCGCCCUGCCACUCACCAACAUACUUCCUAUUUCUUUUGUACGACUCUUAACAUGGUCGGCAGUUCUUCGCCGCCAUCUUGAGCCUGUUUAGCAGCCGCCAACAAUAAUUACAAACACGCCACGUUCCCAGCUGGCAAACUCUCAAACUCUCACACCCAUACCUAGACACACUGCCUCAGCUGUGUAUCGCUGCUUCCAUCUCGUUCUUGGUUCUCUUGUUUAGUGAUGGGUGUGUGCCUCCAUUAGCCUUUUAGUUCAGGCUGUGCUCCAGUUUGGAGCAGUUCCUUUUUCUCUUGAAUAAUGUGACGGCUCCUCGGCUCCUCUUUCAUACCCCGGAGCUGCCGAGCUGGUGUGUAACAGUUUGCUGUCUGUAGAAUGGAAAGUACACCGCUGUUAUGCACUUAUACUGUUUUACAUGAGGGACAAACAUUUAUAGUUUUAAUUGUGAAGAGGAUUUAACUUAAAACCGGACAAUACUGAAUGAGAAUCUUGUUAUCUGUAGUUCCUGCUUUUCUCCACGAGAGGGUGGCAUUUCGUUAACAUUGCAAAGCCACACAUGGUCAUUUUACACCAUUAUGCCUAACAAUGUGAGAGAGGAAGAAGUCUGUCUGUCUGUCUGUCUGUCUGUCCGUCUGUCCGUGUGUCUGUGUGGGUCCUGACUGUGAAGCUUAAGUCGAGCAGGAAUUGCAAAUUCUGAGUUUGAUUUAGUUUCUUACUGGAAUGAGCUCUAUGUACGGAAAACAAGUGAGAAAAGCAAGUAAUAAAUAAAGAUGUUCUGAAUUCA